AAUUUGUAUUGAUAUAGGUAUUUAAGCUAUAAAGUUUCUUGUGACAUUUUCUGAGUCCUAUACAUUUCUCUAUAUAUUUUCCCAGCCUUUUAUAGCUGUAUAUCUUAUAUGCAGUAUGGUGCUUGAUUUUGCUUUGUGAACCGAUCCAAGACUGUUUUCCGUUUAAUAGGUGAGCCAAGUCCGUUUUUUACAUGACAGAUAACAAGGAACCACCUUGUUCUAUUUUAUUUGCUUUUACCCUUUUGGUAUUUAAGAGGGCUUUCUUGUUUUCUUUUUUUUCUUUCCUUCUUUUUUUUUUUCCCCUUUUACCCUAAUGCCUUUAUAGCAAACCCUUAGAUUCCUUUGUUGGCUCCCCACAGUACCCAAUACUGCAGUUAGCUGAUGGACACCCCACUCCCGGUUGGCCCCUGCACAUCUUCUCCCCAUCCCUACCACUUCUCUGGUGGUGGUUCUUUGUCUGCAUUGUCUGAGCUGGUAACCAUGGCAUGCUGCACCUUUAUCACCAUCAUGUUCCAGCAGCUCCACAAAUAAAUACAGACCACCCGGCAGCCACACCUUUGCCUCUGCCUCUAGUCAUUUUGGUUUCCGGAGCUUAUUCUUUAGUGGGUCGUCCCUCAGCUCCUGGUCAUCAUACUUCCUGUGUUUGUGUGUACUCAUAAAAAAUAUGUGUGACUUUUAUCCUUGAUGGUCACUAUUUAGAUGUUAAAUCUUUGGCUUGUAUUUUUUUCCUUUGAAUAUCUUAAAUAUGUUACUGAACCUAUUCUAUUCUGGACCUGUAAUCCCUACUGCAAAGCCACUCACAAGUCCAGUUUUCAUCAUUUCUGAUUUUACAGACAUGUAUUCUUAAGGGGGAGGAAUUUAUAGAACUGAAUACCAUGUGAAUACCCUAGUCAUGAGGUGGCUGAUUUUGUCUGUCCAGGUAAGAUGGUGCGGGUAGGGGGUGUGGUGGUCCAAGUGGCACACGCAGGAAGUCACAGGAUUAUCUUAAAUAGUGAAGAUGGAGAAAUAUUCAAUAAUGAAGAGCAUGAAUAUGCAUCCAAAAAAAGGAAAAAGGACCAUUUUAGAAAUGACACAAAUACUCAAAGUUUUUAUCGUGAAAAAUGGAUCUAUGUCCAUAAAGAAAGCACAAAAGAAAGGCAUGGCUAUUGCACCUUGGGAGAGGCCUUUAAUCGGUUAGACUUCUCAAGUGCAAUUCAAGAUAUCCGAAGGUUUAAUUAUGUGGUCAAACUAUUGCAGCUAAUUGCAAAAUCCCAGUUAACUUCAUUGAGUGGUGUGGCACAAAAGAAUUACUUCAACAUUUUGGAUAAAAUCGUUCAAAAGGUUCUUGAUGACCACCACAAUCCUCGCUUAAUCAAAGAUCUUCUGCAAGACCUAAGCUCUACCCUCUGCAUUCUUAUUAGAGGAGUAGGGAAGUCUGUAUUAGUGGGAAACAUCAAUAUUUGGAUUUGCCGAUUAGAAACUAUUCUCGCCUGGCAACAACAGCUACAGGAUCUUCAGAUGACUAAGCAAGUGAACAAUGGCCUCACCCUCAGUGACCUUCCUCUGCACAUGCUGAACAACAUCCUCUACCGGUUCUCAGACGGAUGGGACAUCAUCACCUUAGGCCAGGUGACCCCCACGCUGUAUAUGCUCAGUGAAGACAGACAGCUGUGGAAGAAGCUGUGUCAGUAUCAUUUUGCUGAAAAGCAGUUUUGUAGACAUUUGAUCCUUUCAGAAAAAGGUCAUAUUGAAUGGAAGUUGAUGUACUUUGCACUUCGGAAACAUUACCCGGCGAAGGAGCAGUACGGAGACACGCUGCAUUUCUGUCGGCACUGCAGCAUUCUCUUUUGGAAGGACUACCACCUUGCUUUACUAUUCAAGGACUCAGGACACCCCUGCACGGCGGCCGACCCCGACAGCUGCUUCACGCCUGUGUCUCCACAGCACUUCAUCGACCUCUUCAAGUUUUAAGAGUUGCCCCUGCCAUCCCUGUUGGAGAUUGUGCAUCAUGCUGUCUGUGCAGGGCUCAUAGUGAGUGUUCUGUGAGGUGGGGGGAGGCCCCUGCUUCCAGAAAGCUUGGGAAGAACUGCCCUUCUGCACAGGGGGAGUGCAUGGUUGCAUUUUCAUCAUUGAAGGUCAGAGGCCAAGGAAAUCAUUUCUACUUUAAACUCUUCUUCUAAGCAUAUUAAAAUGUGAAAUUUUGC